AUGACACCCCAUGUGGCUCUGUGCAAGUUUGCCCCCCUGGUUCUGGUGGGACUUGUGGUUUACGCUGUGAGUGGGCUCAGUGGAGAUCCAGUCUUUGACUGCCUCCAGGACUCGGACUACAGUGAGCUCCUGGACGUGGUCCUCAAAGGUCUUCCCGUCGCAAAGAGCCCUCGACACGUGCUCAUCGUUGGAGGUGGCAUGGCUGGACUGACUGCUGCAAAGGUUUUAGAAGAUGCUGGGCAUAAGGUGACCAUUCUAGAAGCCAGUGACCACAUUGGAGGACGAGUGGAGACCUACAGGAACAAAAAGGAGGGCUGGUACGCAGAAGUGGGCGCCAUGAGGAUCCCAAGCUUCCAUAAGAUCCUGCUUUCCAUCAUCUCCAAGCUGCAAAUUCCUCUGAACCACUUCAUCCAAGAGGACAUGAACACUUACUAUUUGAUAAAUGAAGCUCUUCACAGAACGUACGCCGUGGAAAACAACCCCAGCGUCCUGAACUACAGUUUACACGAGGGAGAAAGAGGGAAAUCAGCAUCUGAGCUCUUCAGCCAGGCUCUGUGGAAGGUAAGAGAUGACCUUAAAGCGAUGGGCUGCAGCGCCAUGCUGAAUAAAUACGACUCCUACACGGUGAAGGAGUACCUGGUGAAGGAAGGGAACCUGAGCCGCGGCGCUCUGAGGAUGAUUGGAGACAUUCUGAAUGAAAACAGCCUCUUCUACACGUCUCUGAUAGAGAUGUUGUACAUUCAGUCAGACAUCAGCGACAACAUCGAGUACUUUGAGGUCACUGACGGUUUCGACCACCUCCCCAGAGCUUUCUACCAGGUGCUCAACGCCACCAUUCUCCUCAACUCGAAGGUGAAGUCAAUAAACCAAAGAGGUGGAGAUCAUGUGACCGUGACGUUCCAGGACCGGCAGAACCGCGGUUCUCUAUCCAACCUGACAGUCGACUAUGUCCUGGUGACGGCCACAGCCAAAGCCACCCUCUUCAUCGACUUCCAGCCGCCUCUCUCUGGGAAUAAGAUGGAGGCUCUGCGCUCCGUCCACUACGCCAGCUCCACCAAGGUGGUGCUCAGCUUCAAGGAGCGGUUCUGGGAGAAGGAGGGCAUCAGAGGCGGGAAGAGCGUCACUGACCGGCCCUCGCGUUUCAUCUACUACCCCAGCCACAGCUUCCCCGGGACGGCUGCGGGGGCCCUCCUGGGGUCCUACACCUGCUCCGAUGACUCCACCCUCUUUCAGGGAAUGAGCGAUGAAGAGCUGAUGGCCGUGGUUCUGGAGGACUUGGUGAGAAUCCACGGGCAGGAGAUCAAACCUCUGUGGACAGGAGGCCUGGUGAAGAAGUGGGGGUUGGACCCUUACAGUCUGGGAGCCUUCGCGCUGUUUACGCCCUACCAGCAGGGGCAGUACGCCCAGGAGCUCUUCAGGAGCGAGGGGCGGGUGCACUUCGCGGGGGAGCACACGGCCACUCCUCACGGCUGGAUCGAGACGGCUGUGAAGUCUGCGCUCAGAGCAGCUAAAAACAUCAACAGCAAAGAGCUGGCCUUCAAAUAACACCGGAUGAAGGUCAGCGUGUUGGGUUUGACUGUAUAUGAGAACUGGACAGACUGACUCCUCCCCUUCCUCUGAACAGGAAGUACUCUACGGCUCCAAGAAUACAAAAUCUCACAGAC